AUGCCUAGACCCACGAAACGUGAGGAUGUCCUCGCACACCUGCGCGCCGCCCUUUCGAGGGGUGAGGCCAUCGUUGGCGCGGGAGCCGGCACCGGCUUGAGCGCCAAGUGCGUUGAAAGCGGUGGCGGCCAUCUGAUAAUAAUCUACAACUCUGGACGGUUUCGGAUGGCUGGCCGGGGCAGCUUGGCCGGACUGAUGCCGUAUGGAGAUGCCAACAAGAUUGUGGUCGAGAUGGCCUCCGAGGUUCUACCCAUUGUCAAGUCUACUCCCGUGCUUGCGGGUGUCUGCGGCACGGACCCGUUCAGGGAGAUGCCGUACUUCCUAUCCCAGCUGAAGGCCCUCGGCUUCAGCGGCGUCCAAAACUUCCCCACCGUCGGUCUCAUCGACGCGGGCUCUGUGUUCAGACAAAACCUGGAGGAGACAGGAAUGGGCUACGGCAUUGAGGUCGAUAUGAUCCGCGAGGCGCGCCGGCAGGACUUCUUCACCUGCUCGUACGUCUUCAGCCCUGACGACGCCAUCAAAAUGACCGAGGCCGGAUCCGAUGUUAUCGUGGCGCACAUGGGCCUCACGACUUCUGGAAGUAUCGGCGCCCAGACGGGCAUUUCGUUGGAGGAGUCGGUCAAGAGGGUACAGGAUAUCCGAGAUGCGGCAGCGAAGGUGCGGGAUGACGUGAUUGUGCUGUGCCAUGGUGGGCCGAUUGCGACACCUGAGGAUGCGGCGUAUGUGCUGGGCAAGACAAAAGGGGUUCAGGGGUUCUUUGGUGCCAGCAGCAUGGAGAGGCUGCCCACGGAGCAAGCCAUCAAGGGUGUUACAGAGGAAUUCCGGAGGGUCAAGCUAGGUGCCUAA